UGACCCCAAGAUGAGGACUCCUAAGAAUUUAGAUUACUGCAAAUGAAAAUGAAACUAAAAUUGAAAGGGAUCUUUUUGAUCUUCUCUCAGCAACAAUAAUAUAGUGUUUGGGUGUUACCCUUUGCUCCAAAGUUCACAACUUUGCAUUCUUCUCUCACUUUCACUUUGCCUCUGUCUCUGACUCUCCAUUGUUGCUCUUCUUCCUCUGUGCCUUCACAUUUUUUCAGUUAGAGUGUUAUCGCCAUGUCAGUUGCACCGGUUGAGAGCAUCCCCUCUUUAAGUAGUGACCUCUUCUAUGAAAUACUGCGAAGGCUUGAUGGCGCGACAUUGGCAAGCGCAGCAUGCACCUGUGCUGCACUUUGCUCCAUCUCAAAAGAAGAGAGUUUAUGGGAAAAUGUAUGCUCAUCUAUGUGGCCUUCAACCAAUAGGGAAGAUGUCAAAAGUUUAAUCUCUUCUGUUGGUGGAUUCAGAAAAUUCUAUGCAGACAGUUUUCCACUUAUUGUCAACAAGGAUGUUAUGGAGUUUCAUCACAACAACUACUUUGAGUACCCUGAUGAUUGGACCGAAGCCGAAUAUUAUGGUGAUGUGAUUGAAUCAGAGAGCAUCUCUCCAUCUAACUUUGUUUCUAUUGUAGAUAUUAGGUUCAAGGAGAAACCAAUCUGUUCCAAAGUUCUGUUGGGUAUUCCAAAUGCAAAUGGCUAUGAUGAUUGGUUCUAUAACUGCCCUUUUCAGAUUGAUAUUCUUACUUAUGCAGAUAGCGAAGGCAACAACGAUGGCGCCGUGAAUCUUUCCAUUUCUGAUGGUCUGCCAGCAAUUACAUCCAUGGAAAGGGAAAAGAAAGAUGGGAAGCUUUGGAAGGAGCUUAGCAAUGGACUCAGGCUUAGUUGGAUUGUAGUAAACAGAAAAAUCAAGCAAGCUGCAAAUCUUUCUAGUUGGUUUCCUCUUGGUGGCCAAAGGCAUUGGCCAACAGAUAAUGAUUUUGUAGUCCGGUUCGGAUCGAUUCUCCCAGCCGAGGAAAUUCUUCCUUGCCAAGUAGUGGAGUGCAUCCUUAUCAUGAAGUUUAGAGUUGUCCACACAGAAUUAGAGGGGAUUCAAACUAGUCUUAAGUUAACUGAAUUGAGCAUGCAAUUGGAAGACAUGGAAGGUGCUCAUGUUAAUGGAAGGAACAGUUUGCAUAUUCUUAAGAAAGCACUUAGUUGCCAAAGGAGCAAAAACUAUGGUGAUGCACUUGAGUCUUGUCACAUGUAUUCAAAGGUGCAGAAUGAGUUGAAGAAGGAAAAGAUGAGAAAUGAAAAUAGGUUGGAUAGGCUUUGUAUUUUGAGUGGCAUUGCUGCUUUUAUGACAUUCUGGUACUGUGUGCUGUGAAAAUGGUGCUUCACUUCAUCGUUUAACAUAACAUCUGCUAAUUAUGCUUCCUCUA